AAUAAAAGGAAAGGGCAAGAUAUCACUUGGAGUGUCUCAGAUAAGGUCUGAGAAGUGCUAGCAGUUCUGGUACAAGCAAGUGUCUUCACCUGAAACCAAACAAGUUGCUCAUUUGCCAGUUGUGGAGGAGGAGAAACUAAUGUAAAGCAGAUGACCAUGCAGAAUGCAGUUCAGGUGUGGUUUGGAGAUGAGCUGCCCUUGAGCCCCCGGAGCCCUCUGACUCCGAGGCACGGGCCGGGUUUGGCGGAUGUGUGCCUGUAUGACCAGUGGAUAUCUGUGAGGCACGAGGCCACUUUGGUGCCUAUGCAAGAAGAUCUCUCAAUCUGGCUGUCUGGCUUGCUGGGAAUGGAAGUCAAAGCAGAACAACUGCUAGAAGAACUUGAUAAUGGGGUACUGCUUUGCCAAUUGAUUGGUGUUCUUCAGAACACAGUUAAAAAAUGUUGUAGCACAAAUAACUUAAGGAAUUUUCCUAUGAGAAAAGUUCCAUGUAAGAAGGAUGCUCCAUCAGGAUCUUUUUUUGCCAGAGAUAAUACAGCCAACUUUCUUAACUGGUGUAGAGCCAUUGGAGUUGAUGAGACAUACCUCUUUGAAUCUGAAGGCUUAGUGUUGCACAAGGAUCCAAGACAAGUGUAUCUUUGUCUGCUGGAAAUUGGGCGCAUUGUGUCCGGGUAUGGAGUUGAGCCUCCUGUACUUGUAAAACUGGAGAAGGAAAUUGAGCUAGAAGAAACCCUGCUGAUGACCUCUGGGCCACCAUCACCUCUUAGCACUCCGAAGUCAUGUUGUCACCAUGGCGAGCUACACGAGGCAGUAAAACAUAUAGCAGAAGAUCCUCCCUGCAGUUGUUCCCAUCGGUUUUCCAUUGAAUACUUAUCAGAGGGACGUUAUAGGCUGGGAGAUAAAAUACUCUUCAUACGAAUGCUACAUGGCAAGCACGUGAUGGUGCGUGUUGGUGGAGGCUGGGACACCCUUCAAGGUUUUCUGCUCAAAUACGAUCCAUGCCGAGUGCUCCAGUUUGCAACUCUGGAACAAAAAAUCCUGGCAUUUCAGAAAGGGGUCACCAGUGACAGCGUCCCCAACUUGUCAGCUAGAAAUCAGGAGCCUCCUCUUAUGAAUCCAAUGUCAGCUGUCAAUAUGUUUCAAAAGCAGCCAUCAAAACCUCCCACUCCUGUGUUAGGUCUUGGGGCCAGUGCCAAGAAGGCUUUAUCAAAACGUCCUCAGUCCCCUGCCCUGGCAUCACCGAGAGUGCCAGUGACCCCAUCUUCCACUGCCAAGUCAUCAACGGUCAGGCCCAAAUUACAAGGGUCCUCAGCAGCAGGUGUGCAGUCUCCUUUCAAACCAUCAGCUGGCACCUCAAAGAAACUGGAGUCUCCUGCCUGCAACUCACCAGCUUCUGCUCCUUCACAGCCUGGAAGCAAAAGUUCUUCACGUGCAGGAGCAAGGCCAGCUCUUGCUCCCUCUGAAACGUUGCGCAAGCGUGUUCGAUCCCCUGAUGCUACCAAGGUGAAAUUUGCCCUGCCUUGGGGCUCCCCAGCACCAGCACUCCAUCCUGUCCUCUCACCCUCUAAAAAGCAACCAUCUCUCUUGUCCGGGACAGCUGGAGCAACGACUUCAAAGCAGAAGAGUGUCCCUGCUAAAUGCAAACCUGUAUCUGCCACUAAAACCAAAGCGAAUUCAGUCGCUCCCAGGGCUGCUCGGCUGCCGCCUACAAAUCUGCACACUGUUGCCAAGUUUGCACAUUCUCAGCAAAUUCUUGCAAAACCUCCUGAAAAUGAUGUUCAGAUCUCAGGUCCAGGGUCUCAGCAUCCUCAAAAAGCCCCUCAAACUACUUCUCACCUAGCAAGGAACUUGAAAACUGCUUCCGAGCUAAAACUUUCUGCUUCUGCACCUUCCCUUGCAGAUAGCAAAGCAUCAAAGUCACCACCUCCAUGGUUACCCACGAGCAAAAAUGUGUCAUCAGCUGGCAGCAAGCAGCCAAAUGCCAGUAGUCCCCCCCAGGUUGGAUCCUCUUUAUCCAAACCUGCUGAACGCACACCUUUGUCUGUUGUACGGCUUCCUCAAACUUCAGCCAAAGCGGCAGUGACCAAAAAGCCGGCACAGCCUUCCACAAAAGGUCAGCAUUCAACCAAAAACUUGCAAACAAACAGGAGCUUGGCCCCAGCAGCCAAGAAGCCACUCCCAAAGCAGCAGGCAUAUAACAAAGGAACACCUGGUGUGUCAAAAGUUCCUCCUCUGAAAAGCAGGCAAGAUGAUCACUAUUUUGUUAUGACAGGGACUAAAAAGGCCAGAAAGUAAAUUAGUUAAUUUCUUUCUGUGGAAGGCUCUAUUUUGUUCAAAUGGGCCUCUUGUAACUGCUACACUGAGGACAAGGAAAAAAGUUAAAUAACACUACAUUUACUAUGAAAUAUUAGGUAUAACCUGCCUUUUGCUGCCUAAUUUAUUGUAAGAACUGUGUUUAUUUUGCGGUUUAGAAAAUUGUAUUUGGACAUGUUUAGAAGUGAGCUUACUUGCUGUGUAGCACUGUGGAAUGGCAAAUAUGCUGCAGAAAAGUGUGGGAGAGGAAAAGGGAAUUAAGGCUGAUGCUUUUGCAGCAGAACUCUGGUGGUUCUGGCACAUCUGCAUUGAGGUGUGUGACAAGCAACAGAGCUGUGCACAAGCUGUAAAAUUUCUAAUACCUCAAACAAAACUGUGGGUUUUGUUCACUGGUGUCCCAGAACCCAAAUCUGGGUCACAUGUUUCAGAAAGAGAAGAAAUUUUUAGUCCUGUUUAGAUUGGACAGAUGCUGUUAUCAGUAUUCACUGUGCCCCCCCAUAUGCCUUAAAAUGGAUUCAGCUCACUUGGAAGUGGAGCUUGGUUUGUUUUAAAUUGGACACCAAUAAUCAUGGCCUUGAUUGCUCACUUUCACUGUGCCUCAGCCUCUCAAAUUCAGAACAGAACUCUUCAGUGAGCAAUACUACCUUUAAAACCCAGGGCAGUUAACCUUGCUUGGUCCAUGCUCAAAUCUCACUAGCUUGCCUAGAAAGCUCUUGUUGCAUGGAGAGAUGCUCCAGAGUUCCAGGGAGUACACUUUCCUCUGGGCUUGAACCUCAUACCAGUUCCUACUCCUGGAUUGGAGUCCCAAAACAGCUCUGCUGCAGGAACACUGAGCUGCAAGCACUGACCUGCUCAAGCAGAGCUUUACUGCUUUGCAGGAGUGGCCUUUGCAUGUAAGACUGAAUUGCUAAAUACUUUUCUCACUGCUACAGGUUAAUUUUUGUUAGCACUCUAGUUUGCAGUAGCCCUUCUUGUUUUAUUUUAUGAGAUCUCUUUCCUGCCUUUCCUCUAUCGCUCUCUGGAGGUGAGAAGUAGUUUUCCAGAGGAAUAGUCUGCAUUUGCCUUUAAAGAUCUAUGCACUGCUUACACCCAGCUCCUGAAGUCUUUCAGUGGGUUAAACAUCUGUGGUGCUCAACACCUUUACCCUUGAGAAAUGAGCUUCAUGGUAGAUUAAAAGCUACUGUCUUUGGGAAUAGUGCUGUUUGGGUUAUUGUGGAGUUAAUGAACAGUUGUCCCUAGAGACACUGAGGAGCUCUGGAGGUCUUUGAAGACACACUGAUGGUUUCCACAGACCAUCACUUCUGCCUUCCAUUCUCGGUCUGUUUAAGGGCAGGAGUGGGUAUCACUGCCAUGGAGGCUUCUGGAUGGUGGAAGAGAGAUCUCUUUAAAAUGAGAAGAGUUCCAUGGAAUAUGCAGUUUCUGUUGUUCAGGGGUUUUAUUUUGGGGUUUUAUUUUCCCCUGGAGCUAGAGUAAGCAAACAUCACAAACUGAGUUCUCAUGUGAUGUGGCAGAGUCAUAGAGCUGCUUUUCCGAGCACAUUGUUAGCUUAUUUUAUUUAAUUUAUGAUUCUAUUUAUGCAUAUCUACUGUACAAUACUGCUCACAACCUGCUGGGAGUAAGCAGUAGAUGCCGGUAUCCAAACUGUA